UUUAUAUAAAUUCUUAAAUUUCACAAACCAAAAAGAAAAGGAAAAACUCUAACAUCUGAGUUUCACACCGGUUACCUUCAAUAUUUUACCAAUUCAGCCUCGGCUCGAACCGAACCAUGGCUCGAGCCGAAUUCUCUAUGGUGGCAGUUUGUUUAAUAAUUGUCCUAACUUAUAACCAAGUAAAAAGUGUUAAAGGGGGAGAGUCUCUAUCAAAUGUUGGAGUGAAUUGGGGUGCACUUGCAUCACACCCUAUGGAUCCUUACAUUGUGACAAAUAUGUUGAAGGACAAUGGAAUCAAGAAGGUAAAACUUUUUGAUGCUGAUCCAUGGACUGUUAGUGCCUUUGCUGGUACAGACAUUGAAAUCAUGGUUGGAAUUCCUAAUGACCAAUUGAGUAAAUUUGCUAAUAGUCUUUCGGAUGCAGAGGAUUGGGUAAAAGAAAAUAUCACCAAACAUCUCCAAAAUAAUCUCGUCAACAUAAGAUACGUAGCGGUUGGAAAUGAACCAUUCUUGAAAAGUUAUGGUGCAUCAUUUGUGAAGACAACGUUCCCAGCUAUGCAAAAUAUUCUAAAGGCUAUUGAUAAGGCUGGAUUUGGAGACAAAGUGAAGGUAACCACAGCUUUGAAUGCAGAUGUUUAUGAGUCUAAUUCAAAUAAACCAUCCGAUGGAGAUUUUCGAAACGACAUUCGCGAUGUUAUGAAUCAAAUACUUCAAUUUCUUCACGAUAGGAAUUCGCCGUUUCUUGUCAACAUAUACCCUUUCCUUAGUCUAUAUCAAAGUGAAGGAUUUCCAGAAGAUUUUGCAUUUUUUGAUACACAAAGCAGAACAAUUGAUGACAAAAAUGUACAAUAUAGCAAUGUGUUUGAUGCAAAUUUAGAUACACUUGUUUGGGCAUUAAAAAAGGCUGGUUAUCCUGAGAUGACAAUUGUUGUUGGUGAAAUUGGUUGGCCAACUGAUGGUGACAAAAAUGCUAAUACCAAAAAUGCAAAAAGAUUUUACCAAGGUUUUCUUAAAAAAAUGGCUACCAAAAAAGGUACUCCAAUGCUUCCAGGACCUAUGAAUGUGUAUUUAUUUUCUCUUUUUGACGAGAAUUUAAAGAGCAUUGAGCCUGGUAAUUUUGAACGUCAUUGGGGAAUUUUUCGCUACGACGGACAGUCAAAAUUUCCCAUAGAUUUUUCAGGUAAUGGAGAAGACAAAUGGCCGGAAGGUGCAAAGGGUGUUAGAUACCAAGAAAAUAAAUGGUGUGUCCUAAGUAAAGAGGUUAAGAAUAUGAGUCUUGUGCCGGAAGCAUUAGACUAUGCUUGUGCUGGUGCUGAUUGUACAAGCUUAGGAUAUGGUUCUUCUUGUGGAAAUUUAGGCAUAGCUGGUAAUGCAUCCUAUGCUUUUAAUCAAUAUUUUCAGACAAGAGACCAAAGUGUUGAGGCAUGUGAUUUCAAUGGGUUGGCUAGUAUUGUAACAACUGAUCCAUCAGAUGGAACUUGCUUUUUCCCUAUUGAAAUUGAGAGUGCUGGAGACAUGAUAACAUCAAUGCGUUUAGUCACAAGCUUUUUUAUUGGACUCUCAAUCUUUUUUGUAACAUUAUAAAUGUAAUAAUCAAUUAAAAUAACUAUCUAGUGUAUUUCCUUUUGUAA